AUGGCUUUUGAUACCGCAGUCAUCACCUGUGCUGUUAUGAGUGGCCACGUUGCAGUGCCUACGUCACUCUCAGAGCACCAGUUUAUCUGGGACAUGGUCAGUGAAGUCGCAGAAGGUCCUGUCUGGGUUGGCUGCACUGAUAGGGAAGAAGAAGGCAAGUGGGUGCAGGUUGAUGAGGUAGAGUGCAGUUUCUUCAACUGGGGUCCAGGAGAACCCAAUAAUGCUGGAGGUGAAAAUUGUGUGUUAAUGAAUCCUCCUUUUGAUGGUAGCUGGAAUGAUGGUCCAUGUACCUGGCCGACCUACGUGGUCUGUCAGCGCCCUGCCGUCGCACCAACCAUCCCGCCAGUCGGCCUGCACUGCCUGCAAGCAGACACCAACGGCCGCUUCGCAUCCCACUGCCUGACCGGUCAUGUCAUCAAGGAGUUACCGAUCAAAGGCGUCGUCGGGUGUGGUUCAGCGUGCCGGGAUGAGCCUCGAUGCCGCUCCUUCAAUGUACGACUUAGACGCAGAAGCAACGAGAAGAUCUGCCAGCUCAACAACGUCACUCGUGAGGAAGCUGAUAACGAGGAUAUUGACAUGGACAAUGCUUGUUACUAUUUCAACAUCUGA